AAGAGUAGUGUAUCGAAGCAAUCAGGAUCUACUGGAAAAGUUCGGCCCAAAGAAAGUCAACAUCAACAACAAAGUCAACAACAGCAAACCAAUAAUACUCAUCAUCAUCAUACUAAUAAUAACAACACUAAUAACAACAAUCAUCAUCAUAAUAACAACACUAAUAAUCAUCAUCAUCAUCAUAACAGUCAACAAAGUCAGCAACCACGAUCAAGAUCAACCAACCAAAGUACUAACAGCAGUACUAAACGGAAACGACCAAUGGCACAAAGAGAGGAAUUGGCAGAGUUUACAUUUGAACAAAAGAAGGAUUUGAGUGAACGGAUCAAUAGUCUGGGUGGAGAAGAGUUGAAUACUGUGGUGACAAUCAUCCAGAGUUCGAUGCCUAACCUUGAUGAAGGACAAGAAGAGAUUGUCUUGGAUAUCGACGCUCUUGAUCGACGGACCCUUCAUCGCCUGCACGAGUUUGUGACCGGCAAGAGGCUGAAUCCCAGAAAGCAGACUCACAAGAGAGGAAGAACACAUUACUCUCAGGAAGACGCAGACCGCAAAAUCCAAGAACUCGAAAAGACUCUCCAAAAGUUUGAUGGCCCAAAGCAAUUCCAAGCUGCUUCAGGACACGCAUCAUCAAGUGAAAGUGAUUCGGACAGUUCAUCUGGAUCAGAUUCUGAGGAUUCUGGCAGUAGCUCUGACUAAGAGAGAUGUAAAAAAAAAGAAAAAAGAAAAGGAACAUACACAAUAUAUACAUAUACAUAUACAUAUAUAUAUACACACCCACCCACCCACCUAUAAACCCCACCACCAACCCACCAACCCACC